AAUUUCAAACUUGUGUUGAUGGAAGCGUGGUUUUAACGUUUGUUAUCUGGUUAGUAUUGAAGCAGAACAAGGUAGUACUGAAACUAACUGCGUAACAUGUAGCUAGCUGCUACUUUCUUUCGUUUGAAAUGGCUGAAACAGACACUUCAACGCGGAGAGGAGUGAUGGACUUCAGUCCAGUAAAGAGAGACAACGCUAACAAGGAGAACGAUGCUCCAGUAUUGAUGUUGACUCUGUUCUCAAAGGCUCCUUUUGUGACAUUUGGAUCAGUAAAGUUGGGCACCUCCAGGUCUGUUAUUCUGCGUGUCGUCAACCCGACUGAGGAUUCAGAAGCUGAGGUUACUGUGGAGAAGAUCCCCUCAAGUAGAGGCUUUUCUGUGGACCACAACACCUUCACCAUUCAGCCUGAGGGCUCAUUCAGUUUGACAGUAACCUGGACUCCAACAGAAGAAGGUGGAAUCAGAGAGCUCAUCCUCUUUAAUGCCAAUGGGGUCCUCAAACAACAGGCUGUACUGCUGGGGAGAGCAGAAGCACCAAAAAAGAAAAAGAAAAGCUUAUGGGACACAAUCAAAAACAAAAGGGAGGGUGAAAACGUAGCUGUACCCAGGAGAAAGAAAACCGAACAACCAUUGAAGAUGGCAGCCAAUAAAACCUUCCAGGUGUCCCGAAAGCCACAGUACAAACGGGACAAGCCACGCAGCCCACUUGCUUCUCUCAACGAGGGAAAGGCUGUCAGAGAGAGGUCCCUCUCCAAGCUCAGCCCCGUCGACGAUUACUCUCAGAAUUCACGAGAGAAGGAGGCCUUGAAUUUCACUCAGAGGCAACGAUCUCUGGGCUUGUCAGACUUGGAGAAUAUCCGUCAUGUUCAGAGGAACUCUCCUCUUGUUCUACUCGUCCCAGCCGGAAAGCUGAUGAACUCUGGCAUCAUGUCUGCUUGCUCAGAUGCUUCGGUGGGCAAACCUGAAAGCAAAGAUCUCACCAAAAUUCUCAACAGGACGCUGUCACCUAUCGGGACACCAGAGAUGUUUAAGAAGCUCAUGCCACAUAUUCUGUCAGACAGCCCACUUUCUGCUCCUGUCAAUUCUGAUUCAGACAGUGUGAUAACUGGAACCCCUGUUCUGUCUUUGAAAGAUGCACUGGCCCUCAUUGACUCUGAUCUGAGCCACAUUCACACCAGUCCUCGAGACACUAGUUCGAGCUGUGGCUUUUCAGAUUCCCUGGAAUCCAAGAGUGGAAAUCAUGGCUGCGGACCUGACGGAAAUGUCCUCAAAGCAUUACCCGACAGCCCACAGGGGUACGAGUCCGGCGAGCCAAGACUUACUUUCUUUGUGAGCAAAAAGGUUGAUGUGACUGAGGUCGUUGCAGAGGCUGAUAAUGCCACGGGAAGAGUCAAAAAGGCCUCUUUUACCUCCGCCACGGUGAUCAAGAGCAAAGCACCGGUGGAGGCAAACAAUUCAAGUGGAAGGAAAAUAAAGAAGUCAAGGCGAAGGCUCUUGGAGAAAACACUGGAGCUGUCUGACGGCAGCAGUCAGUGUGAGUCUGGACCAGACACUCCAGGCCUGCCUGUUAUAGACCCAGAUAAAGAAACUAAAGGAUGGCAAAGUUCUGAGGCUACCUUCUCCCUGUGUGGUGACGGAGAUCAAGCCCAGGAGUUUACCUUCUCCGGCCUGACUCCACGGCCCGACGGCUCGCCUAUACCCAUCACCUUCCCCGUCACCUCCCCUCCAUCUGUGGCCGCCGCUCGCUUCUCUUUCUCUGCCACUUCCACACCUCCUGCUUCUAUCGAUUUUACUGUCUCCUCUCCGUCGCCCCUGGGCUCAUCUUCUCCUCUUUACCACAACCUCAUGUCUCCGACUGUUUCGGUACCUCCGUCCGUGCAGGAAGACUCAUUUCCCAUUCACAUAGCAGCGAAGAGCAAGAAGAGGAAGAGCGAGGAGUUCUUGAAAAGUAACGCGACGAUCGAGGAUGCUGGGAAAGCCGAGCGCGUCAAAAGGAGCAGGGUGGUGGCUGGAAAAACUGAGCCCCCAAGAUCAAUCCAGGAAAGGAGAAACGCAUCACAGAGGCAACCGCCGAGAACAGCGGGCUCAGUGCGAUCCAUGACUACAUCAUCUCUAAAGACUGUGAGGUCUGUGGUUCCUGCCCAGGCAAAGCAAUCAAGCUCCAAACUCACCUCACAAGGUGCCCGGUCUCUGAAGUCAUCUGGGGUUUCAUCAACAAAGACGGCAAAAGUUGUUGCUGUAGCGCAGUCCAAGCUGACCUUUAUCAAGCCGGCACAAACGGCCAUACCGAGACACCCGAUGCCGUUCGCUGCCAAGAACAUGUUCUAUGAUGAGAGGUGGAUUGAGAAGCAGGAGAGGGGAUUCACAUGGUGGAUCAACUACGUCCUCACCCCAGAUGACUUUAAAGUCAACACUGAAGUCGCUAAAGUGAAUGCUGUGUCCCUUGCCAUGGGCAGCGAUGACAAGUACGGUGGGCCUAAAGCUCCCACCAAAGAGGAGAUGUCUUUCAGCACCUAUACGGCCCGACGGAAGUUGAACCGGCUCCGUCGUUCUGCCUGCCAGCUGUUCACCUCUGAGGCCAUGGUCAAGGCUAUUCAGAAGCUCGAACUGGAGGUGGAGGCCAAGAGGCUGCUCAUCCGAAAAGACCGCCACCUUUGGAAGGACAUAGGUGAACGCCGAAAAGUCCUCAACUGGCUUCUUUCCUACAAUCCGCUGUGGUUACGGAUUGGGCUCGAGACGAUCUUCGGGGAGCUGCUGUCACUGGAGAGCAACAGUGAUGCUUUGGGUCUGGCUAUGUUCAUCCUCCAGCGGCUGCUCUGGAACCCAGACAUCGCUGCUCAGUUCAGACACGCCAAAGUGCCUAACCUUUACAAAGACGGCCACGAGGAGGUGCUGUCUCGCUUUACUCUGAAGAAGCUGCUCCUGCUGGUGUGUUUCCUGGACAAAGCCAAAGAGUCCCGGCUGAUAGAGCACAACCCCUGUCUGUUCUGCUUGGAUGCAGAGUUCAAGACGAGUAAAGACCUGCUCCUGGCCUUCUCCAGGGACUUCCUGAGCGGAGAGGGGAUCCUGCCCCGGCAUCUCGGCUACCUGGGGUUACCCGUCUCCCACGUUCAGACGCCCCUGGACGAGUUCAACUUCGCUGUGAAGAAUUUGGCAGUUGACUUGAAAUGCGGCAUUCGUCUAGUGCGUGUGAUGGAGCUUCUCAUCCAGGACUGGAGUUUGUCGGCCAAGCUCCGUCUGCCAGCCAUCAGCCGCCUGCAGAAGGUCCACAACGUCGACAUGGCUUUGCAAGUGCUCAAAAGCAAAGGGGUGGACCUCAAGACUGAACUCGGCUCCAACAUUGAUUCCAGAGACAUUGUGGAUGGACACAGAGAGAAGACACUGAGCCUCUUGUGGAAAAUCAUCUUCGCGUUUCAUGUGGAGGUGGUUUUAGACGAGGAUCAGCUGAGGGAGGAAAUUGGCUUCCUGAAGAGAACUUUGAGGACCAAACGGAGGCUGGCGUCUCUGAGGGCCGAUCGGGGCCUUCAGAUGAGUCCUGCCAAGACCAAGGCGCCGUAUGAACACAGCAGCACUAAGAUCACCCUGCUGAUGGACUGGGUCCGAGCUGUGUGCGACUUCUACAAUCUCAAGGUGGAGAACUUCACCGUGGCGUUCUCGGAUGGCCGCGUCCUCUGCCACCUUAUCCACCACUACCACCCCAGUCUCCUGCCAGAGAGGGUUGUCAGUCACAGCACCACCCAGACUGUCGAGUGCUCACCGAGGGGUCGCCUGGAGCUCAACUGCUCAGCCAGCGACUCCGACAACUCCUUUGACUCCUUGCCGACAGGCUUGAACGACCCAGAUUCUCCAUCAGUGAAAUUUAAAGAGCUCCUUGAGAAUGAGAAAAACAACUUCGGACAGGUCAACACGGCUGUGUCUUUCCUGGGCGGAGUUCCGGCCAUGAUCAACCCAGCCGACAUGUCCAACACCAUCCCCAAUGAGAAGGUGGUGAUGUCUUACCUGUCCUUCCUGUGCGCUCGUCUUCUGGACCUGCGCAACGAAACCAGAGCAGCUCGGGUCAUACAGGGCGCCUGGAGGAAAUACAGAUUAAAGAAAGACCUGCAGCUCUACAAGGAAAGAAACAUUGCUGCUUCGAAAAUCCAGUUAGUUGUGAGGAGUUUUCUCCAGAAGCGCAGAGCUAAGAGGCAGAAUCAAGCUUCCAUUAUCAUCCAAUCGGUCUGGAGGGGUUUUGCAGCCCGCAACAGGCUGAGGCUAAAAAAACGGGCUCAACUUCGGGCUCUGCAGCAUGAAGCAGCAACUGUCAUCCAGGCUCAAUGGCGGAUGUUCUCGGUCAUGAGGGCUUACCAACGCCUCAGAUACUACACCAUUGUUGUCCAAGCACAAUGGCGAAUGAGGAGGGCAGCCUCUGCUUAUGGAAGAAUCUACUGGGCGGCAACUGUCAUUCAGAAGCACUCGCGAGCAUGGGCUCUGGCAAAAAGAGAUCGGGAAUAUUAUCUCUCCCUUAGAGCUGCAGUGGUGAAAAUACAGAGAGGGUACAGAGGAUGGAAAACCAAGGAAACAGAAAAGGAAAACCGUGCUGCCAAAGUGAUACAAGCCGUGUUUAAGAAAUGGUAUGAGGAAAAAAUGGCUAAAAGAACUGCCGCUGCUGUUAAGAUUCAGUCUUGGUACAGAAUGCGGAUGUGUCUCCAUCAAUACAGAAAGAUCAAGAGAAACACUGUGCUCAUUCAAGCCCAGUACAGAGGUCAUGCACAGAGGCGCUGCUUUCAGAUGUUGAAGCUGCAGCACCACUCGGCUAUUGUCAUUCAAAGUGCCUUCAGAGGGCAUGCUGUCAGAAAACAGGUGGCAAAGAUGAGAUGCGCUGCAGUCAUAAUCCAGCGCUGGUUCGGAGCCUCCAUGGAAAGGCAAAUGUUUGUGAGGAUGAAAUGUGCUGCCGUUACCAUACAGGCAGCUUACCGCGGAAAAGUGGCUCGGGAGUCGCUGAGAGAACAGCACAAGGCAGCAACGGUAAUCCAGGCAGCUUUCAGGAAGUAUGCUGCCCAACGGCGCUACCUUGUCCUGAGAAAAGCUGCAGCUGUGAUGCAGCGAAAGUACAGAGCCACAAUGUUGGCUCGCGAGACAAAGAAGGAUUACGAUGCUCUUAGGAAUGCUGCACUUGUCAUACAAGCUAACUGGAGAGGCAGGGCUGACAGGAAGGGGAUAGAGAAGCGGCAUCAGUGUGCAACACUGAUACAGGCUCACUACCGUCGGCACAAAGCACAAGCAGAGUACAGGUCCAAGAAGGCCUGUGCUGUGGUCGUACAGCGUCGCUACAGAGCUUAUGUGGCUGUAAAGGAGAUGAGGAAAGCGUUCCUGCACACGAGAGCAGCCUGUGUUACACUCCAAGCUGGAUUCAGAGGUAUGAGAGUUAGGACAGAGCUGAGGAAAAAUCACUGGGCAGCGACUGUCAUUCAGUCUUCAGUUAGGAUGUUUUUAUGUAAGAAACAAUAUUUCCUCCUACAAAGUGCAGCAAUAAUAAUCCAAAGUCGAUACAGAGCUCUUCUGGUCUGCAGGGCACAGCAAAAAGAAUACAGAGAGCUGAAGCAGGCCACCAUAAGAAUGCAAGCCGUCUACCGGGGAUUUAGAGCGAGAGAAGACCUAAAGAAGAAGCACAACGCUGCCAGAGCGAUCCAAACUCAGUUCAGGAUGCACAGAAUGCGUAUGGCUUACCUCGCCACCAAGUGCGCUGCCAUCAUUAUUCAGGACCGCUACAGGGCCAAAAUGCUCAGGGAUCAACAGAUGCAGAGGUACAGGACAAUGAAAUCCGCAGCGGUCAUCAUCCAGGCAGCAUAUCGUGGCCACAGAGCCAGGAGGAAGAUCGUAGAGAUGUAUCGAGCUGCGACAAUCCUUCAGAGAAAGUUUCUCACCAUUAGGGAAAGAAAUAGCUUCCUAGCUCUCAAGGCCGCAGCUUUGGCUUGUCAGCAGAUGUACAGAGCAGUGACUUUGGCAAGAAAAGUCCGCUUGGACUAUCUGUCAAAGCGCAGGGCAGUUAUUUGUAUGCAGGCAGCCUACAGAGGAUGCAAGGUCAGAAAGCAGUUGCGUAUCCAGCAUGCGGCAGCUGUGACAAUUCAGUCUCACUUCCGAAAAUACCAGCAGAGAACCUUCUACAAGACUCUCCGCUGGGCUGUCAGUGUUUUGCAAACACGUUACAGAGCCAACAAGAAAAUGAGAGAGGAGAUGCAAGCCCUGAGUGCCAAGAGAAAUGCUGCUGUUGUCUUACAAGCUGCCUUCCGGGGAAUGAAAUCCAGACGAAUCGUCAAACAAAGGCAUCAAGCUGCCAGUGUUAUCCAGAGAGCUUACAGAACACAGUGUGAACAUAAGCAGUAUCUGACCUUGAAAUCCUCCGUCCUCACCAUUCAGCGGAGGUAUCGGGCCACUGUAGCAGCGAAGGAACAAAUGCAAAAAUUCCAAACAAUGCGCAGCGUUGCUGUUGUCCUCCAGGCAGCAUACAGAGGUCAGCGGGUCAGAAAGGAAGUCGCUCGUCAGCAUCAGGCUGCCACUGUGAUCCAGUCUGCAUUCAGAAAGCACAGAGAGGAAGUCAAAUUCCAGGCCAUGCGUCUGUCCGCCAUUAUCAUCCAAAGACAAUAUCGCUCCUGGAUGCUUCAAAGACGAGAAAGAGAAAAGUACCUGAAAGCGAGACAUUCAGCCAUCGUUCUUCAAGCAGCUUUCAGAGGUCAUCUUGUGCGAACCAACAUUGCCAAGAUGCACAGGGCAGCUACCGUCAUUCAAGCAAACUUCAAAUGGCAUAAACAGCAGUCAGCCUUCAGGAGACAACGCUGGGCAGCCUGUGUCUUACAGCAGAGGUUUAGAGCUCAGAGGCAGAGAAAUCUUGAGAUGAAACAUUAUCAACAGUGCAGAAAUGCAGUCAUCAUGUUACAGGCUGCAUAUCGUGGAAUGAAAUCCAGACGAAUCAUCAAACAAAGGCAUCAGGCUGCCAGUGUUAUCCAGAGAGCUUACGGAACACACUGUGAACACAAGCAGUAUCUGAAAUUAAAAUCCUCCGUCCUCACCAUUCAGCGGAGGUAUCGGGCCACUGUUGCAGCAAAGGAACAAAUGCAAAAAUACCAAACAAUGUGCAGCGCUGCUGUUGUCCUCCAGGCAGCAUACAGAGGUCAGCAGGUCAGAAAGGAGGUUGCUCGUCAGCAUCAGGCUGCCACUGUGAUCCAGUCUGCAUUCAGAAAGCACAGAGAGGAAGUCAAAUUCCAGGCCAUGCGUCUGUCCGCCAUUAUCAUCCAGAGAUGCUAUCGCUCCUGCAUUCUUCAAAGACGAGAAAGAGAAAAGUACCUGAAAGCGAGACAUUCAGCCAUCAUUCUUCAAGCAGCUUUCAGAGGUCAUCAAGUGCGAACCAACAUUGCCAAGAUGCACAGGGCAGCUACUGUCAUUCAAGCAAACUUCAAGAGGCAUAAACAGCAGUCAGCCUUCAGGAGACAACGCUGGGCAGCCUGUGUCUUACAGCAGAGGUUUAGAGCUCAGAGACAGAGAAACACUGAGGUGAAACAUUAUCAGCAGGUCAGGAAAGCUGCUAUCAUGUUACAGGCUGCAUAUCGUGGAUUGAAAUUAAGGCAGAACAUCAAACAAAAGCAUCAGGCUGCCAGUGUUAUCCAGAGAGCGUACAGAGCACACUGUGAACACAAGCAAUAUCUGAACUUAAAAUCCUCCGUCCUCACCAUUCAGCGGAGGUAUCGGGCCACUGUAGCAGCAAAGGAACAAAUGCAAAAAUUCCAAACAAUGUGCAGCGCUGCUGUUGUCCUCCAGGCAGCAUACAGAGGUCAGCAGGUCAGAAAGGAAGUCGCUCGUCGACAUCAGGCUGCCACUGUGAUCCAGUCUGCAUUCAGAAAGCACAGAGAGGAAGUCAAAUUCCAGGCCAUGCGUCUGUCCGCCAUUAUUAUCCAAAGACAAUAUCGCUCCUGGAUGCUUCAAAGACGAGAAAGAGAAAAGUACCUGAAAGUGAGACAUUCAGCCAUCGUUCUUCAAGCAGCUUUCAGAGGUCAUCUUGUGCGAACCAACAUUGCCAAGAUGCACAGGGCAGCUACUGUCAUUCAAGCAAACUUCAAGAUGCAUAAACAGCAGUCAGCCUUCAGGAGACAACGCUGGGCAGCCUGUGUCUUACAGCAGAGGUUUAGAGCUCAGAGGCAGAGAAAUCUUGAGGUGAAACAAUAUCAACUGUGCAGAAAUGGAGUCAUCAUGUUACAGGCUGCAUAUCGUGGAAUGAAAUCCAGACGAAUCAUCAAACAAAGGCAUCAGGCUGCCAGUGUUAUCCAGAGAGCUUACAGAACACACUGUGAACAUAAGCAGUAUCUGAACUUAAAAUCCUCCGUCCUCACCAUUCAGCGGAGGUAUCGGGCCACUGUAGCAGCAAAGGAACAAAUGCAAAAAUACCAAACAAUGUGCAGCGCUGCUGUUGUCCUUCAAGCAGCAUACAGAGGUCAGCAGGUCAGAAAGGAGAUUGCUCGUCAGCAUCAGGCUGCCACUGUGAUCCAGUCUGCAUUCAGAAAGCACAGAGAGGAAGUCAAAUUCCAGGCCAUGCGUCUGUCCGCCAUUAUUAUCCAAAGACAAUAUCGCUCCUGGAUGCUUCAAAGACGAGAAAGAGAAAAGUAUCUGAAAGCGAGACAUUCAGCCAUCGUUCUUCAAGCAGCUAUCAGAGGUCAUCUUGUGCGAACCAACAUUGCCAAAAUGCACAGGGCAGCUACUGUCAUUCAAGCAAACUUCAAGAGGUAUAAACAGCAGUCAGCCUUCAGGAGACAACGCUGGGCAGCCUGUGUCUUACAGCAGAGGUUUAGAGCUCAGAGACAGAGAAACACUGAGGUAAAACAUUAUCAGCAGGUCAGGAAAGCUGCUAUCAUGUUACAGGCUGCAUAUCGUGGAUUGAAAUCCAGACGAAUCAUCAAACAAAGGCAUCAGGCUGCCAGUGUUAUCCAGAGAGCUUACAGAGCACAAUGUGAACUAAAGCAAUAUCUGAACUUAAAAUCCUCCGUCCUCACCAUUCAGCGGAGGUAUCGGGCCACUGUAGCAGCAAAGGAACAAAUGCAAAAAUACCAAACAAUGCGCAGCGCUGCUGUUGUCCUUCAGGCAGCAUACAGAGGUCAGCAGGUCAGAAAGGAGGUUGCUCGCCGGCAUCAGUCUGCUACUGUGAUCCAGUCUGCAUUCAGAAAGCACAGAGAGGAAGUCAAAUUCCAGGCCAUGCGUCUGUCCGCCAUUAUCAUCCAGAGAUACUAUCGCUCCUGUAUUCUUCAGAGGCAAGAAAGGGCAAAGUACCUGAUAGCGAGACAUUCAGCCAUCGUUCUUCAAGCAGCUUUCAGAGGUCAUCAAGUGCGAACCAACAUUGCCAAGAUGCACAGGGCAGCUACUGUCAUUCAAGCAAACUUCAAGAGGUAUAAACAGCAGUCAGCCUUCAGGAGGCAACGCUGGGCAGCCUGUGUCUUACAGCAGAGGUUUAGAGCUCAGAGACAGAGAAACACUGAGGUGAAACAUUAUCAACAGUGCAGAAAUGCAGUCAUUAAUCUACAAGCUGCCUUCCGUGGAAUGAAAUCUAGAAGAAUAAUCAAACAACGGCACCAGGCCGCCAGUGUUGUGCAGAGAGCUUACAGAGGCUUCUCCGAACGUCAGCAGUAUCUGAAAUUAAAAUCCUCCGUCCUUACUAUUCAGCGAAGAUAUCGGGCUGCUGUUGCAGCCAAAGCACAAAGAACACAAUACCUGGAAAUGCGCAGUGCAGCCAUCAUCGUUCAGGCAGCAUACAGAGGUCAGCAGGUCAGAAAGGAGGUCGCUCGUUGGCAUCAGGCUUCCAUUGUGAUCCAGUCUGCAUUCAGAAAGCACAGAGAGGAAGUCAAAUUCCAGGCCAUGCGUCUAUCCGCCAUAAUCAUCCAAAGACACUAUCGCUCCUGUAUGCUUCAGAGGCAAGAAAGAGAAACGUUCCUGAAAAUGAAGCAAUCCACCACCACCCUUCAGGCAGCGUUCAGAGGCUGGUGUGUCAGGAGGGACUUAAGCCGACAAAAUCAAGCUGCCAUUGUGAUCCAAUCGUGGUGGAGAUGCUCUGUGCAGAGGCGUAUCUUCCAAAGGAAGCGGGAGACGACUGUGACAAUUCAGCGGAGGGUCCGGGCAGUGCAGCUCGGCAAGUUGGAGAGGAACAACUACACCCAAAUGAGGAGAGCUGCCAUCACGCUUCAGACACACUGCCGAGCCUGGAUUGCAAGACGACAGGUACUAGAGAGAGCCAAGGCAGAGAGGAGGCUGCGUUUUACGUCAGCGGUCUUCCAUCAUCUCAGUGCCAUAAAGAUCCAACGAGCUCUGAGAGCCCACUGGGCUUUAGAGUCGGCCAAAAGACAAAUCCAUUCUGUCAUCACCGUACAGCGAUGGGUGAAAGCAAGGCAGCAGAGGAAACGGUAUCUGGAGGACAGGAGGAAGGUGAUUUUAGCCCAGAGAGCGGUCAAGCGCUGGUUAGCUCGUCGCCACAAGGCUGCGUCCGUCAUCCAGCGGGCCGUCCGCAAAUUCCUCCUUCUCCGGCGCCAGAAGAGGGUUCAACAGGGCAUUGUCAAAGCUCAGGCUCUGUGGAGAGGACAUCGCUCCCGCAGACUAAAUGACAAUGCCAAGGUGGUUAAGUUGAGACACCGCUUACGCAAAGUCUCUGCCAGCGUCCGAGAGGAGGACAAACUGUACAACAAGACGUCGUCUGCCCUGGACUACCUCCUUAGAUACAAACACUUCUCCUACAUUCUAGAGGCCCUGAGAAAUCUCGAGACUGCCACCAGGCUGUCCCCAGAGUGCUGUGAGCGGCUGGUAGAGAGCGGAGCCACCAACGUCAUCUUCACACUCAUCCGCUGUUGCAACAGGAGCGUCCCCUGCAUGGACGUCAUCACCUACUCCAUACAGAUCCUCCUCAACCUCUCCAAGUACCACAAGACCAUCGAUGCAGUGUAUUCGGUGGAUACUUCUGUUGAAACGCUGCUGGACCUGCUGCAGAGAUACCGGGAGAAGGCAGGGGAUAAAGUGGCAGAAAAGGGCGGCAGCAUCUUCACAAAGGCCUGCUUCCUUCUCGCUCUCCUGCUCCAAGACAAGCACCGUGCUGUGGAGGUUAUGAAGCAACCCAAGGUCUUGGAUAAGAUACACAGUAUUUACCGCCUCACUGCUCGCAAACACAAGAUGGACGCUGAAAGAACUGUUAUGAAACAGAAGAUGAACGCAUCAAUAAAUGGGACCUUCUUCUUUGAAGCAACACCUCGUAAAUCCCGCCCUGUGCCAAAAUUUGCACCGGAUUGGGUUCUAAAAAAGGACAAGCUCAAAGAUAUUGUGGACCCUCUCAGGGCCAUCCAGCUGGUGGCAAACACACUCUCCAUUGUGUUGUAAAUAGACAAGCUUUUAAAUGUUGAUUCAUCAUCUUGUUUUUUUUACUUCUGGAAAUAUUUUACAUUUCCAUGUUUUCCAUGUAUAUAAUAAAAUGAAUUUGUUUCUUAAACAUG